CACAAACCCAACUGUCUCAUCCCUUGGCACACUAGCAAAUUAAUCUAAAUAAGCUAAAGGGUAACUUAGUCGGUGUCUCCAUCUCAAUCCUUGUUUCAAAUCUCAAAUCUCUAAUCCUUUAAAUGUCCAAACAUAUGGUUCCCUCUGAAGACAACUUUUUCUGGUAAACUAUAAUAACAGAAUGAUCAGUUUAGUCGUUUAGACACACAAGUUGGUCCCAACACUGUAAAAAAACAGAGUAUUAUCAAUUCUCUCCCACUCGUUAUGUCUCCACAUAAUUAUACAGUUACUUUACAUAUCUACACAUAAACAUUAUCACCGCGUGACAUUUAAUGCUUCUUCAACUGUCUAAAGCUCAAAACUUGUUUUGUCAUUCCCUCCAUAUUCUUCUGACCUUUAUUAUAUACAUCCAUUUACAUUCUUCACGUUAUCAGACCAAUCUCUCUCUUCUUCUUCUUCACGUUCUCUCUCUUUCCGGAUAAGGGUAGAGAUGGCUAGAGUUUGUGUAAUGAUGAUGGCUAUGGCUAUAGCUAUGGCUAUGAACAUAGCUAUGGGUGAUCCAAUAGCACCAUGUUACUUCAUAUUCGGUGACUCUUUGGUUGAUAGUGGAAACAACAAUCGGCUUACCUCUCUAGCAAGAGCUAAUUACUUCCCUUACGGUAUCGACUUCCAGUACGGUCCAACCGGUCGCUUCUCCAACGGAAAAACCACCGUCGAUGUCAUCACUGAGCUUCUUGGUUUCGAUGACUACAUUACACCGUAUUCCGAAGCAAGGGGAGAAGAUAUCCUAAGAGGAGUAAACUACGCUUCUGCAGCUGCCGGAAUCCGAGAAGAAACUGGUCGACAAUUGGGAGCUAGAAUAACAUUUGCAGGGCAAGUAGCUAAUCAUGUAAACACUGUGUCACAAGUUGUGAACAUACUCGGAGACGAGAAUGAAGCUGCUAAUUACCUAAGUAAAUGCAUCUACUCAAUCGGGUUAGGCAGUAACGACUAUCUCAAUAACUAUUUUAUGCCUGUUUAUUACUCCACCGGGAGCCAGUACUCCCCGGAUGCCUACGCCAACGACCUCAUAAACCGCUACACCGAGCAACUCCGGAUAAUGUAUAACAACGGAGCGAGGAAGUUUGCGCUAGUUGGUAUAGGUGCAAUAGGAUGCAGUCCAAAUGAGCUGGCUCAAAACAGCAGAGACGGGGUGACUUGUGACGAAAGGAUCAAUUCCGCUAACAGAAUCUUCAACAGUAAGCUUGUGUCUCUGGUUGAUCACUUCAACCAAAACACACCAGGGGCCAAGUUCACUUACAUUAAUGCUUAUGGUAUCUUCCAAGACAUGGUAGCUAAUCCUUCUCGCUAUGGGUUUAGGGUGACAAACGCGGGAUGUUGUGGAGUUGGGAGGAACAAUGGACAGAUAACUUGUCUUCCGGGUCAAGCUCCAUGUCUUAACAGGGACGAGUAUGUGUUCUGGGACGCGUUUCAUCCAGGAGAAGCUGCGAAUGUUGUCAUCGGUAGUCGAUCUUUUCAGAGAGAAUCUGCUUCUGAUGCUCAUCCUUAUGAUAUCCAGCAGCUUGCUCGGCUCUAGUUCAUGAAAUUUCCUCCAAGCAAACACAGAGUGAAAAAGAGAGGGAGACAGAUUUAAUCUUUUUCUUAUUUAAGUGUUUGAUGAUUGUUUCUUUUUGCUGCAGAAGAAUUGUUUGUUUUGUUGAGUUUAUGUAUCAUGGUUCUAUAUAAUGACAUGAAAUUUCUGCUUUCUUAUAGAUGACUAAAUUCAUUUGGAUCUCUGAUUCUCUUAUUAGUU